AUGCGCUUCUUCACCCUUACUCUUGCGGCGCUCUUGGCCGGUUUCGCCUCCGCCUUUUGCUCACCGGGCGAAACAUCCUGCGGUGCUGGAGCCGCCGCAAACACCAUCAUGGUGUGCGGCGAGGACGGCAUCGCCAAGCCGGUCACUACCUGCUCCAAUGGCCAGACGUGCCAGAACGUGGGCGCGGACAACGGGCCCACGUGUGCCUAG